CUUUCGUCAUACCAUGUAAAAAAAAUGUGUGGCUGAAGUUAGUGAUGAGAGAAUGGCCUCUUCUCUGCAUUCGACAGUCGCCAUUAUUUGACUGCAGGGAUAGACACGAGACACAUUUAGUUCGGAAAUAUCGGUAUUGUGAACGCUUUUCGCGUAUGUUUUGCGGUAAUACUAGCCUUUAUUUACACGUGUGCUUACGAUUGUGUUAGCCAGGAGCUUUAUCUUCCGACAGAAAAAGCACAUCAAUUAUAGCUAAAUUAGCUAGCGGGUUAUAGGCUAAUAGGUAGCUAGCUAACGUUAUCAAGCCAUUGAUUUAGCUAAUCCUCACAUAGGAAGCUAUCUUGAUAAUAGCUUUAACCGUGUGCAUUUCGGUUAAUAAGAUGGCUGUUUGCUAACCAAAAAUCUACUAACCUGAAAGUGAACGAAUUGAGAAGAGCUCAGCUUCUGCCUAACUGUUACGAAGCAAGUGCGCUUUAUGGAACGCGACUUUUGGCCAGUUGGCUAGUCAUUGAGGACUGAUCUGCUUGCCUGUGAGUACGUGAAGGACUGCUAUCAAGAAGCCCCUUGGAAGGAGUGGAAGAACUGCUUACCGCGUCCGAACUGACAAAAUUGAUCUCAUCAACAAGCGAAGUGAUUCAGAGCUCCAGAAGAACAGUGAGAAGUGGAGAACAGUUGCAAGUGAGAGAGAGAGAGGGCAAGGGCUACGGAAUCCCACCAGAAACCAUGUCGGAAGGAGAAGGGAAACCAGUCCUGCCCUCAGCCCCAGAGGCCAAGCCAGAGACAGUCACCUCGGCCCCCAUUGCCCAGGGUGUGUCUUCAGUUUCCCCACCUGUUUCAGCUGUAGGCCAGGGGCCUCCAGCCACUGCUACAGAGGAUGAAGAGGAGGAGAGCGAGGAUGAAUCAGAGAUCCUGGAGGAGAGCCCAUGUGGACGCUGGCAGAAACGGAGAGAGGAGGUGAACCAGCGUAAUGUGCCCGGAAUUGACAGUGCCUACUUAGCCAUGGACACAGAGGAGGGUGUGGAGGUGGUGUGGAAUGAGGUCAUGUUCUCUGAGAGGAAGAAUUUCAAGCUGCAGGAGGAAAAAGUCAAAGCAGUUUUUGACAACUUGAUCCAGUUGGAGCAUCUCAAUAUUGUGAAGUUUCACAAAUACUGGGCAGAUGUGAAAGAAAACCGAGCACGGGUCAUUUUUAUUACAGAGUACAUGUCUUCAGGAAGCUUGAAACAGUUUCUGAAAAAGACCAAGAAAAACCACAAAACUAUGAAUGAAAAGGCAUGGAAGCGCUGGUGCACUCAGAUCCUGUCAGCUCUCAGCUAUCUGCACUCAUGUGAUCCACCAAUCAUUCACGGGAACCUGACCUGCGACACCAUCUUCAUCCAGCACAAUGGGUUGAUCAAGAUUGGCUCAGUGGCCCCGGACACCAUCAACAACCAUGUCAAAACCUGUCGGGAGGAGCAGAAGAACCUGCACUUUUUUGCACCAGAAUAUGGAGCUGUAGCAGAUGUCACUACAGCGGUUGAUAUUUAUUCCUUCGGAAUGUGCGCCUUAGAGAUGGCUGUGCUGGAGAUCCAAAGCAAUGGAGAGUCUUCAUAUGUAUCACAGGAAGCCAUUAACAGUGCCAUUCAGUCCCUGGAGGACCCACUUCAGAGAGAAUUCAUACAGAAGUGUCUGGAGGCAGACCCUAGUAAGCGGCCGACAGCGAAGGAGCUGCUGUUCCAUCAGGCGCUGUUUGAAGUGCCGCAGCUCAAGCUGCUGGCUGCCCACUGCAUUGUCAGUCAUCAGCACAUGAUUCCGGAAAAUGCUUUAGAAGAAAUUACCAAGAACAUGGAUCCAAACCUUGUAAUCGUUGAAAGCAAGGAAAGGGUUCAGCUGAAGCUUUCCCAGUUUCCUGCUCUUGAGUUGGAUAAGUUCCUGGAGGAUGUGAGGAAUGGGAUCUAUCCUCUCACGGCAUUCGGGAUGCAAUGCCCACAGCAACCCCAGCAGGAGGCUGUUAAGUCACCUAUUGUACCACCUUCUGUCAAAACCCCCACACCAGAGCCUGCAGAGCUGGAGACCAGGAAGGUCCUUCAAAUGCAGUGCAAUAUCGAGCCAGUUGAAGAAGGGGCUAAGCAUCAUCUUACCUUAUUGCUGAAAUUGGAAGAUAAGCUGAACAGACAUCUAAGCUGUGAUUUGUUACCAAAUGAGAAUGUGCAGGAACUGGCUGUGGAGUUGGUUCAGCUGGGGUUUAUCAGUGAGGGGGAUCAGAUGCGACUGGCUUCAGUUCUAGAAGAGGCCUUCACAAAGUUCUACAGCCGCAACGGUUCUCUAAACCCAGUCACUGUGUCAUCCUAGCAGAACUGCAUUCAACCCCACCCUAAGCAUAGUGGCUAGGUCCCUCUUCCCUCCCCUCAUGUCUCAAGGCAUGGUAUCGCAGAGGAUGGUGGGAUCUGUCCUAUCUGUCCUCUUGAAGGGGUGUGGUGGGAGUGGGGGAGGGGUUACUGCCUCCAGCUUUUUUUGUUCUCAGUGUAGACUUCCACUUCUGUUUUGAAGGGAAAACAGAAAAAAGCUAAACCCAGCACAGUUCUAAUUAAUGUCAGUAUUACCAUCUCUUUAAAAAAAAAAAAAAUUAUGAUCUGUGUUAUGGAUCAAUAGCUGUUUGUUCUUGAUCACACCCUUUUUAUUGUCACAAACAAUAGGCGUGGAAUCUCCCCUGAAUGAUCUUCAUACCAUCAAUCUUUGGUUUGCAGUUCAGUUUUGUGUUCUUUCUCUCCCUCUCACUUAGUUUAGUUAUCACUGCCCUAAUUCUCAUGAAUCUGUUCCCUUUUGAACAGAUUCAUGAGGUCAUGUCAUAAAAAGUGUCAUCUUUUUUAAUCUAUUGUAUUUUGUAUGAAUAAAAUGUUUACUGUGGUCUUAACCACAUACACAAUGAGUCUGAGCCAAUAUUGGAAAAUGGGAGGUAAGCACAGGCUUUAAUGAAUUAGUCAUCUGUUCAGUCUGUCGAUUAUGUAGAUAAUUCAUAUCUACAGGAGAGUUUUCGUUUUCUCUGAAUAUAGGUUUUAAAUUUAUAGCAGUUCAUAAUUUACCUAAAUUUUCUGGAAAAAAACUACUUAAGUUGGCCUUUGUUUCUGUUUUUAAAUGUAUUUAUCCUGUGCAGAAUAUCUAGAUAUCUUCAGUUAAAUCUUAAUACUUCAAGGCUUUUUAAAUAUGGUUGUGUUGCAUCUUGUUCUUGAUAUUAAAUUUCUUUGAGGGGCUGCCUGUUAACCGCUUAGCGCACAUGCCAAAUCUGGCCAAUCGUUGCCCAUUUAUGGGGUACCCUAUUUAAAGCUUUAUAACUCCAGAUGUGAAUACCACAGAGACUUGAAAAAUGGCUUAAAUGAAGUAAGACAUUUGUACCAUUUACAAUACUAUAAUGCUUAGAUUAGUUUAUAUUCAUAAUUUUGGAAGAAAAAUGCUAUGCAAUUGUCUAGGCAAAAAAUCCAAAAUAAAUUUGCUCUUUUUUAGUUUGCAAAGAAAUACUGGGAGAUUGCAUAUAUACAGCAGGUUAAACUAUACAUGUCCUAGAUCAAAAACUCCUUGACCAUAAGUUUAUAAAAUUUAAAGGUGGAUAUGUAGAAAUACAACAGUUCUAUGAAGCAAAAACUAAGCAGUGUACCCAGCAUCUCCAAAUCUAUCCAAAAUGCCUAAAUUAUGCAUUGCUGUAAGUCGCAGCAUAUUCACAUAUUUCACUACAAAUCAAACUGUUUUGACUCAAGAAACUCACUGUUGCAUCAUUUUCAAGUGGGUAUUACAAGUUUUCCAUCAGUAGAGUGGUCUAAAAUAUCUAGGGGUCCAGAAACAUCCAAAAUCUCUCCAAAUAUGAAUAAAAUGUUUUUUGUCCAUUAUAAAGCAUAUAAAUGAGCCCCUUAUGAAGGUUUAAGAUGAAACAUUGAUAUCAGAUUAAAAAAUGAUGCAAAAACAUUGUCUCAUAAUGUGGUACAGUACCUAAAUGUGUAAUAAUUUACUCAUAAUGUUUUCUUGUAUGGGAAUGGGAUGACAUGAAAACAAUUUUAAACCAUCCACCAUGUCUUGGCAAUGUUCCAAGUCAUGUCAUAACUGUUGCAUGCAUCACAAAAACUACUAAGCUACCAACGAACGCUUACAUUACAGUGUGAAAUAUCCUCAUUAUAAAAUACCACUAACCUAUUUAAAGACACACAAUUACAAAUAUAACAUAUAUAAUCAAAAUAUUUUGAGCAAUAAUACUUCCAUAGUGUUGAUGAAAUCUCAUCUGUGUUCAGUAGAUAGACAGACAGUAAAUCAAUGAUGCCAUUCUCUCCACUUCUGUCUUACUCCAGAAAACAAUGUCAGUUAGGUCUAUAUCAGCAGUCAUGGCUUGGCUAUGUUCAGAAGUCCUCAAUAAUAAUUUUUUCCAGGAAAUUACAAAAAUAUUGUUGAUAACGUUCCAUCAGGUGCAGUGUCUUUUACUGCUACCACAGACUGAAUGUGUAAGUGAAUGCGAUGAUGAACUUUUGGUUACGCUGAGCUAUGAAACGCUAUUCCAAAAGCAGAAGUAGACAUGUUAUACAUCGUUAGAAAGCUUAUACUCUCAUCUACUGAAUAAAUGAAUUGUCAAUCAAGCCAGACUGUACUAAAAUGGGCGACAAUGCCGUAAACAACACGUGUGGUAUAACGCACAGCUAUUUUGGAAGGUACCCCGGUGUCAUAUUUCACAAACGGAUUGUCCAAGACACUCAGUAUGACCACUCAGUCUCAAAAGGGACAUCUCUACGCGUAAACCCAAUGGUAACGUAUAUUUAUUCAAUAUUAAGUCCGAGAUAUUGACUGUAGAAUGACAUGGUAUAAUUUUUGAAAACUUUGUCUUGUUCAUUUCAUUAUUCAGUGAGCAGCGUUUUCACUGCUGUAUUGGCAUAUUGGCUAUUGUUGGGUUUAUCUUGUUGCUAUGACAGAACACGAUUUUUGAGUGGUGAAAGAAUAUUUUUAUGAAUGCCCAGAUAGAUGAUAUUUUCCAUUAUGUCAUUGGUGGGGGGUGUAGUUGCAGAUGAGACUGCAGAUAGGGGGUGCUUGCGAAACUUCGUAUUCAGCAUAGUUGUCGUGUAUCGUCUACUAAUGAAACUAAAACAAAGCGUUUCUGUUUUGAACUCAUACUUUGGUUGCAGGAGCAAUGAAUGUCUGUGUUGAAUAAUCUAGGCACGCCGGCGUGCCUACCACUACGGGGUGUGCGCUAAGAGGUUAAACAACCUUAGAAGAUAUUUUAGAUUUUCAAAUUAUUGACUGGUUUGUGACACAUCAGUAAUGUUUAAAAUAGAAUCACCCUGAUUUUUAUAGGCCAAAUUGUGACUAUAUGCUGAUGUGUAAUUUGCUUGAAAUUGGAUAUAUUCUUUUCAAAGAAGCUGGUGACGGAAAGUGCUUUUUUCAGGAACAAGAGUGAAGGUGUGCAUUCCCGAGAAACUGAUCAGCCACAGUAACCUGCCUAAUGAUUUUUUAUUUUGUAAGUAAUUUAGGAAAUGGCAAAGCACAGAAGUGUUUAUCCAACUUUCUGCUAUUGCCAACUUACUUUAAGUGUAACCCUAACUUAUUGUAAACUUAUGGCCACCAGUGACUCUACUUGUGUUUCUGAUCACUUGUUUCUAAUUACUAUAGUAUUUCCUCAUUAGUAUUUUUACUGUUCUCUCUUCAAGAAGCAUUUGUUCUCUUAGGUCUGGCAGAAAGUGGAUUUGAAGGCUACAGUGGAUGGACAUAUCUUGCGUUCACCCAAACUGUCCCACUGGGGGAUUUGUGAAUCACCAGGCUUGUCUUUGGACUGCUUCUGUAGCUCAACUUUUUUUGUAUCCUGUCUUGAAGUAAAUACUGUAUUACAGCUUUCAAAA